UCACCUGCCUUCGGUGUUGAAAGGAAGUUGCAAACUUUUUAGAGUGUUGCUUGGCUCCUUUCCCAGGCUGUGGCAGAGAACUUUAAGUAUUCAGUACCUUACACUGUGGACUGUCUCCUGGCAUCGAAAUUCAGAGCGUUUUGUUUCCCACGGAGACGUUAAGCGAAUCUCUAGGCUGAACUAUCAGAGAAACUUUGGUCCGUUACCGCAGCCAAGUUUUUGUCUAGUCUGAUUGUGCUGUUGUUGGCCUCGCUGAGAUCAGCGGAGCAGCAGAGAGGGGCUGGACCUCUUAGUCCAGGGCUCCUCAAAUAGGGGGCAUUGUAAGCACCUGCCCUUAGGGUCCACUCGUCCCUCACUUAGGCCGAAACCAAGGCCGACCGCUACUGUUCACUAAACGAGACUAUUUGGUCAGAAAUAAUUUUGCAUAAUAAUAAAAUACAGUUUAGAUUAGAAACUGUGAAACAGUUGAAGGAAUACAUUAGGCACCUGAGAAAGAUCUAGGGAUUCAUAUAGUCAGAAAUCAAGAUAAUCAGCGAUGUCUGUCACUGAAGAUCUGUGUCACCACAUGAAAGUAGUUGUUCGCGUGCGGCCUGAAAACACCAAGGAAAAGACAGCUGGGUUCCGCAAAGUGGUCCAUGUUGUGGAUAAACACAUACUGCUAUUUGAUCCCAAACAUGAAGAAGUCACUUUUUUUCAUAAAAAGAAAAGAACAAAUUUUGAUAUUACAAAGAGACAGAAUAAAGACCUUAAAUUUGUAUUUGAUACUGUUUUUGAUGAAACUUCAACUCAAUUGGAAGUUUUUGAACAUACGACUAAGCCAAUUCUUCGUAGUUUCUUGAAUGGGUAUAAUUGUACAGUACUUGCCUAUGGGGCCACUGGAGCUGGAAAGACCCACACGAUGCUAGGAUCCGUUGAUGAACCUGGAGUGAUGUACCUAACAAUGUUAGACCUUUACAAAUCCAUGGAUGAGAUUAAAGAAGAGAAAGUGUGUAGCACCGCAGUCUCAUAUCUGGAGGUAUAUAAUGAACAGAUCCGUGACCUCUUAGUGAAUUCAGGGCCGCUUGCUGUCCGGGAAGAUUCACAAAAAGGUGUGGUCGUUCAAGGACUGACAUUGCACCAGCCCAAAUCCUCAGCAGAAAUUUUGCAAUUAUUGGAUAAUGGCAAUCGAAACAGAACGCAACAUCCCACUGAUUUAAAUGCUACAUCUUCUCGUUCUCAUGCUGUCUUCCAGAUUUAUUUGCGACAGCAAGACAAGACAGCAAGCAUCAAUCAAAAUGUUCGAAUUGCCAAGAUGUCUCUAAUAGACCUGGCAGGAUCUGAGCGUGCCACUGCUACCAGUGCUAAAGGGACCCGUUUUGUGGAAGGCACAAAUAUUAAUAGAUCACUUUUAGCUCUUGGAAAUGUCAUUAAUGCCUUAACGGACACAAAGAGAAAGAAUCAGCAUAUUCCUUACAGAAAUAGUAAGCUUACUCGCUUGUUAAAGGAUUCUCUUGGAGGAAACUGUCAAACUAUAAUGAUAGCUGCCGUUAGUCCUUCCUCUUUAUUCUACGAUGACACAUACAACACUCUUAAGUAUGCUUACCGUGCAAAAGAUAUUAAGUCAUCUUUGAAGAGCAAUGUUCUUAACCUGGAUAAUCAUAUAUCUCAAUAUGUGAAGAUAUGUAAUGAGCAGAAGGCAGAGAUUUUAAUGUUAAAAGAAAAACUAAAAGCCUAUGAAGAACAGAAAGCCUUUAAUGAUGAAAGUGGCAAAGCAAACUUAAUGACUUCAAAUCCUCAGGAAAAAGAAUUUGAAAGAUUUCAAGAAAUUCUGAACUGCUUGUUCCAAAAUCGAGAAGAAAUUAGACAAGAAUAUCUGAAAUUGGAAAUGUUACUAAAAGAAAAUGAACUCAAAUCAUUCUAUCAGCAGCAGUGCCAUAAACAAAUUGAAAUGAUGUGUUCUGAAGACAAACUGGAAAAGGCUACUUGCAAAAGAGACCAUAGACUUGCAAUGUUGAAAACUCGCCGCCUCUACCUAGAAAAAAGGAAGGAAGAAGAAUUGAAGCAAUUUGAUGAGAAUACUAAUUGGCUCCAUCGUGUUGAAAAUGAAAUGAGACUCUUGGGUCAAAAUGGUCAUAUUCCAAAGGAACUCAGUAAAGAUUUUCAUUGUCAUCAUUUGAAUCUCCAGAAUAAAGAUUUGAAAGCACAAAUUAGACAUAUGAUGGAUCUAGCCUGUCUUCAAGAACAGCAACACAGACAGACUGAAGCAGUAUUAAAUGCUUUGCUUCCUGUCCUAAGAAAACAAUAUUCUACCUUAAAAGAAGCUGGUCUGUCAAAUGCUGCCUUUGAGUCUGACUUCAAGCAAAUUGAACAUUUGGUGGAAAGGAAAAAAGUAGUGGUGUGGGCCGACCAAACUGCCGAGCAUCCAAAACAAAAUGACCUACCAGGGAUUUCUGUUCUCAUGACCUUUCCACAGCUUGGGCCAGUCCAGUCUAUCCCUUGUUGCACAUCUUCAAGUGAUUCAAGCCUGCUUAAAAUUCUGCCACAAAAAAGAACUCGUAGAAAACUAAUCUCUUCUCCCACAGAAGUGAAACAUACUGAAAAGUUUACACUGUCUGAAAGUAUGCAUCUCAAUGACUCUCUCAGCCAAGAACUUCAGCCUAUUGUAUAUACUCCAGAAGACUCUAGAAAACCUUUUCAGAAUCCAUCCCCAAUAGCUUCACAUACUAUGGAUUUUCAGGACAUCAGCUCAAAUGGAAACAGUGGUAAUUCUCUGAAAGUGCUAUCUGAAGUAGAUGCCACUCUGAAUAGAGGAGGAGCGUGUGAGGAGAUUUUGGACUCUACAUUUACCAUAGAUGAAGACACCAGGAACUUGAAGAGUAAAUUACCUGAACAAGAAUCUCAACCAAACAACAGAAAAAAUAUUUUACAAAGACUCAACCCUUCAUUCUCAACUAAGCAUUCUUUGCCUGUACCAAGCAUGGUGCCAUCCUACAUGGCAAUGACUGCUGCUGCCAAAAGGAAACGGAAGCUAACAAGCAUCACAUCAGCCACUGAGGGAAAUCAUGGAUUUGCAAAACGUGUUCGACCAGAUAAUUCAAGCGAUAAACAUUUACAAGAAAACAGACCAAUAGUAGAAUAUAAAAGAAACAUCCAUAAAGUAAAUCCAAGGAUCGUUAGAAAAUUUGGAAGAAACAUUUCACAAGGAAAUCUAAGAUGAGUCACUUCAAUGUCAAGAAAAAUAAAAU